AUGAGUUUCUACCAAAAGCUACGCCAUUUUACCAAUAAUGCCUUUCCUCAUAAAAUAUCAGUGAGCAAUCAAUUUAUUAUUGUACCCCUGGCUUACAUUUGGUUAGUUCUGCAAAGAUAUGUUGUGGGUGGAAAUUUUACAGCACAACAUAUGAAUAUGAAGACUCCAGAAGAUGAUGUUUCACUAGCAGAUGAAAAUGGAUACAUGGUAACAGAGGGACCUUAUCAAACUCACAUAACAGAAUUGAUUGAAGAGAAAGAAGCAAGUUUUAAAUUGUCUUGCAAUAAUCACUGUGCUGUGAAUGCAGCCAAUGUCCAGAGAAGUAACCUAAGAGUCACAGGGGUUGGGGCAACAGCAUGUGCUAGGCAUGGAUGUUUUGUUCCCCAUGCAGUGGUGGACUUCCAAAAGGGAGAGUGGCAAAUGAAUAUGGACUAUUCCAUUUGCAAUGCUUUGAAAUAUCCAUCAGAAGAUAUUGGCAGUGCACUCAUAAUCUAUGAUGUUGCAUGCCAGUGGAGUAUCCACUUCUGUCAUAUGCCAUUCUGGACUCUCAACUCUAAAUCCACUUCUCUAGAUAUCCAGAUCCAAGAUCCAGAUCUCCAAUGA